AUGAUCAGGAAGGAGCUGGAGAUCGAAGUAUAUGACACCUACUUCUGGACCGAUAGCAUUCUUGUGCUACGGUACAUCAACAGUAGAACAACCAGAUUUAAGACAUUCGUUGCCAACAGACUGGGUGCGACUGAAGAAGGCAGUCUGCUGGUUGCUAAGAUUCAGAAGAUAGUUGAAAGCCAGCCCGAGUCCCAGAAAGCUGAACAAACUCCGCAGGGUGGACUAACUCUGAAAGAACUACAAGCAGCAGAGAAGAAAAUCUUGCAGCAUGUACAAAGCCAAGCAUAUGCAGAUGAGAUCAGAGCCCUUGCCCAGAGUACAGAAGAUGAUGGAGGGAGCAGACAAAAGAUCAAAGGAGUGACGAAAACCAGUUCCAUCUACAGAGUUGACCAGGUCAUAAAUGGUGAGCUGUUAAGAGUUGGAGGAAGAUUGAGCAGGGCCUCACUGCCAGUUGAUGCUAAACACCCCAUCAUCCUUCCCAAAGCCAGCCACGUGUCAACCUUGAUCAUAAGACGCUUUCAUGAGACAUCCGGGCAUUGUGGGAGGAACCAUGUUCUUGCGAGUCUUCAACAGAAAUAUUGGAUUUCUGGUGCCAACUCCGCAAUCAGAAAAGUAGUUGGCAAAUGUGUGAUGUGCAGACGGUCCAGAGCCAAAUUCAUGGAGCAGAAGAUGGCUGACCUCCCAGCAGACAGGAUCAAACCUGAUGAGCCCCCCUUCACCAGAGUAGGAAUGGACUGCUUUGGGCCACUAGAGGUGAAAAGAGGUCGCAGUGUGCUAAAACGGUAUGGUGUGAUUUUCACCUGUGUAUCUUCACGAGCUGUGCACCUUGAGAAGGCUGACUCCCUAGACACGGACUCAUGCACUGACGCUAUGCGGCGAUUCAUUGCUCGUCGGGGAAAUGUGACAGAGAUGAGAUCGGACAAUGGCACCAAUCUUGUGGUUGCUGAAAGAGAACUUAGAACAGAAAUCAACAAGUGGAACCAGGCUCAACUGAACAACGCAUUGCUGCAGAGAAACAUUCAGUGGACCUUCAAUCCACCUGGAGGGUCCCAUCACGGUGGUGUAUGGGAAAGGCAGAUAAGAACUGUGAGAAAACUGCUUUUCUCCCUGAUGAAGCAGCAGACCUUGACUGAUGAGAGCUUGCACACUCUACUGUGCGAGGUGGAGAGUAUCAUCAACAGCAGGCCCUUGACCAGGGUAUCUGAUGACGUGAAUGACCUGGAAGCAUUGACCCCAAAUCAUUUGCUUCUGCUGAAGUCUACCCCCCAUUCCCCCCAACUACCCCCAGUAGUCAACCAGGAGACCGACGUCUACGCUCGGCGCAGAUGGCGACAAGUCCAGUACCUAUCUGAUGUGUUUUGGCGCAGAUGGGUAAAGGAGUACUUACCUCAGCUACAGGAGAGACAUAAGUGGGUGCGUCCCCAGCCUAACGUCGGUGUUGGAGAUCUAGUGUUGGUGGUGGAUACAUCUGUGCCAAGGAAUCUCUGGCCGCUUGGGAGAGUGGUACGCACUAUGCCAGACGUUCGAAGCGUGGAGGUGAAGACUAAUACGAAUGUCUACAGGAGGCCGAUCACCGAGUUGUGCUUGCUUUUGGAAGCAGACCCUUAA